CCCAUUGACAAUAAACAAGUAAAUUUCCCCAUUCCCUAACCUUUUUUUCUUUUUUGCUCUUCUUCUACUUCUUCUGUGCCCGUUCCUUCUUUCUCGCUCUCUCUCUCUCUCUCUCUCUCUUUAAUAUCUCUCGAGUCUUUUGUUUUCAGUCUACUACCUCUUUAGAGUCUCGCAUUCUCUCUCUUUCUCUCUUUUCUUUCACUCUCCAUUCUUUGUGACCUUCCUUUUUAGGGCAUGUGGCUCACGCGAAAGCUUGCUGCUCUAGCGUCGUUUGACCGCAAGCCGAAAAAGCAAGACCCGGAGAAGCAACUUCCUCCGGAGCAACCUGUCAAAGAGCAUCAGCAACAGCAGUCUAUACCUUCAUCCAAGUCGAUCAAGGAGACACGUGAAGCAAAAGAACUAUCCAAAUCACUAACAUUAGCUGUCAAUGUCAAAUCGGCACCGGUAUCUCCACCCGUAGUGGCAGCACCAGCACCAGCACCAGCAAAAAACGUACCGAUCAAAGAAGAGUCCGAACCAACGACCACAACCAUAACUCCAAUAGCAACAGUAGCGCCAAAAGAACGACCCUCAUCUGUUGCUAUCACACAUACAAAAGAUAGCAAAACCCUUCCGCCUACUACUACUACUACUACUACUACUAUUACCACCGUAGAAUCCAAAUCAGCGAUGAAAGAGUCGAGCAAGUCGGUCAAAGAAACCCCAUCAGCAUCAAAGGCAGAAGCAACAGCAGCAAAAUCAUCAAGCAAAAAGGAGUCCUCGAAAAAGAAAUCUAAAGAAAAGACGUCUUCAUCAUCCAAAGAAACGAAAGAAGCUAAAGAGGCAAGGAAAGAGUCCAAGAAGAAAGAAAAGAAAGAGAAAAAAGAGUCCAAGAAGAAAGAAAAGGAAGCGAAAAAAGAAGCAAAGAGGGAUGCAAAGUCAAUCAGAUCCAACAAGGAGGGAAAAGACAACAAGGACAAAGACUCUUGCUCGAAGAAAUCGACGUCAACGGCAAAGGAAUCCAAAUCCAAGGCAGUCUUGACACAGCUCCGAAAGAUCAAAUCCAACAAGUCCUCGUCAUCCGACGCAAAAUCGACCACGAAAUCGAUCCGGACCUUGGGAUCAUUCCGGGGAUCACUUCGCUCCAAGACGUCCAUCAAGUCAACCACGACAGCCAAGACGACGACGACCUCCACCGCAGCUUCGACUACGACGAUUGAUCCAGUCACCAAACCACUUCCGCCGAUCCAGCCAGACUUGCCCACGCAUCAAGUAUGCGACAAGACAAUGGCGGUGGUGAUUUCAGGGACGCUUAACAUUGGCAAGUCCACGCUGAUCCGACUCGGCUUGCAGAAUUUGACGGCAGAUCCAAACAAUGCAACACGCAAGUAA